CUGAACUAACUGUAAUUUGCGCUGUGUUGAUAACACCGAGCUGAAUACCGCCCCUUUGCCACCCCCCCGGGUCUGCUUUUGAGGUAGUUAGCGCUGCGACAGGAGAAGCGCAAACUGUCUCCAAGCAACUCGUGAAUACCCAAGAUGGAAAACGAUGGAAAAUACAUUGUAUACCACGGUCUUCUCUGUCCUAAGGAGACACAUUCUCUGGACAGUUUAAAAUACUUUGAGGAACUCAACGUGAGAGAUGACGAUGUAAUCGCCAUUACGUAUCCCAAAUCUGGUACAAUCUGGAUGCAAGAAAUACUUCCUUUGAUCCUUAAUGGAGGAGAUUUAACCCCUGUCCAUACAAUACCUAACUGGGACAGAGUUCCUUGGCUAGAGGAAACACGUGCUGCCUUAGUUCUGGACAACAAACCCUCACCAAGGGCCAUGGUGUCCCAUAUGCCAUAUCACCUCAUGCCUCCAACUUUCUUCUCCUCCAAGGCAAAGGUCAUAUAUGUGGCACGCAAUCCUAAAGAUGUGUUAGUGUCGUCAUUCUAUUUCCAUCAAAUGGCCCAUUUUUUGGAUGAUCCUGGAACGUUUGAAGAGUUUCUUGACAAGUUUCUUGCAGGGCAAGUACUGUUUGGAAAGUGGACAGACCAUGUUAAAAGCUGGAGGAAUACUAAUCUUGGAGACAGGAUUUUAUAUGUCACCUAUGAGGAGAUGGUCAAGGACCUCAGAGGAGCCCUCAGACGCUUUUCAAAAUUCCUUGGACGGGAGUUGACAGAGCAGAGUCUGGAGCAGGUGGUGAGCCAUUGCACCUUCGACUCGAUGAAGACCAAUGACAUGUCCAACUUCUCCCUGAUCCCUCAAGACAUAAUGGACAAGAAAAAGUCGCCUUUCCUGCGUAAAGGGAUUGUGGGAGAUUGGAAAAACCACUUAAGUCCAGACCAGGAGGUAAAGUUCAACGCUGUCAUUAAACAAGAGAUGGAAGGUAGCAACAUCAAAUUCCCCUGGGAUGAAGACUGAAACGUCACACUACACAGUGAUAUAGGCUCACUCAGUCACACGUUUCAGAGAUUUCCUCAUGUCAUUCAGAUAGGCCUAGACAUAGUGUGCAAAAGAAGUCUAACAAGAAAAGCAUCAAAGCUGAUAUUCUAAAUGAUUGCAGUUAAACAUCAAUAUGCAUACCAGUGAUAAUAAGGUGCUCAUAAACUACGUAUAUUUGUGUAGGCUACUGGUUUCAAAGUUAUGACCAAGUUAACUCCUGUACACUAAUCUCACAGUAAAGUCUUUAUUUUGUUUA